AUGGAUCCCUCCCUGCUUGAUGCCGAGGUACAGUACAUGGCACAGCGCACCCCAUGGUACAUCUCUCUCUUCUGCCAAGCCAGCCGGCACUUGUGCCUGCUCCUGCUCACCUGCUGCACCUGCAAGACAACCACGAUCCGGCUAGCUGCUUACGGCCAGACACGCUUCUUACCAGGUUUCAAGGGUGUGGGGGGUGCCCCAAGGUUCCAGUCAGCAGCAGCCGGGCAGCGUGGGCCUUGCGCGGACUCGGCUGCGUUGAGACUAGCAGCCCGGGCCUGCCAGAGUGUGGUUCCUGGUUCCCGUGCCUGGAGUCGUCUCAGCCAGUCCAAGGACCUGCCAGUCUUGGUCGUUGGUGUCUGGCAGCUGUUUGGCAGCUGUUUGGUUGCUGUUUGGCUGCCCUGCGCCAGUGCCGUUGUUGUGUAG